AUAUUUAAACUUUAUUUUUGCAAUUUCUAUUAAAAUACUAUUAUUCAAGAAAAAAAAUCUGACGUUUCGCCCUCCUCCACUGCCUCCUCCUCGCCUCCCUCUCCGUCAUGCCACCGGACGCCGACGAGUAGGCAGUAGUGGAACGCCGGGGGCCCCAUCUGUUGGCGUCGGGGCGCCCCUUCAUCGUCCAUGGCUUCAACACCUACUGGCUCAUGUACUUCGCCGCAGACCACACCACGCGCCCGGCAGUCACCGCCGCCAUCACCGAGGCCGCCGCCGUGGGGCUCAACGUGUGCCGCACCUGGGCGUUCAACGACGUGGGGCACUGCGCGCUGCAGAUCAAGCCCUUCUCCUACGACGAGGUGGCAUUUCAGGCAUUAGAUUUCGUGAUCAGCGAGGCAAGAAAGCAGAAAAUGAGGUUGUUACUGUCACUGUGUAAUAACUGGGAAGAUUAUGGAGCGAAGGCACAAUACGUAAGGUGGGGAAAGGAGGCUGGGCUGGAUCUUAUCUUACUUUUAUGAUGACUUCUUCUCUGAUCCGACAAUCAAGAGCUACUACAAAGCUUCUUUUAAGGUAAACAUUCUGCUUGUGUCUCAAAACGGAGAAAUAGACCUCAUCGUAUUCGUAACAUCAUGAAUUAGGUUGUUAAUAGCAGCCAUUUUUUUAAUGUAAUUUGUUGUUCUCACCCUUCUGUCAUGCCUUACAGUUGCAAUUACAUUUUUCUUUCACUUCUUGGGCUAUUUUGACAAGAAUAAACACAAUCACAAAUGUGCCCUGCAAAGAUGAUCCUAGCAUUCUUGCCAGGGAGCUGAUUAACGAGCCACGCUGCCCUUCAGAUCCAUCAGGCGACACACUGCAGAUCUUUAUUUUGAGUUUACUUUGGUGCAGUUCUGUCUUCCUUUUAAUUUUGUUCACUAAACAUUGUUUAACACUAGGAUUUCUUGUAGGCAUGUAUAGAAGACAUGACAUUUUAUGUCAAGUCUACACCUUUUAGAGAUUUGUGUUGAAGGGUUUUAUGGUCCAUCUACUCCGGAUUUUUUGCGUGUGAACCCAGAUGAUUACUCAGGAAAUGCUGGAACAGACUUCAUUAGGAACCAUCGUGCACUAGAAAUUGAUUUGGCUUCUGUUCAUGUUUAUUCUGACACUUGGUAAGUCUUCAUGUUCGGUCCCAUGUGAGUUUUAUAGCCGAG